AUGCUUCCCCUUAUGGUUUCGUUUUCUCCAACCACCAGCAAGCUUGACAAAGGAUCUGCGAGAUCUUACCAGCGAACCAAGCGACGAUACCGUCUGAAUGAGCUUGUUCAAGAUAUCAAACAACAUUUGGGCCAUUCAGGGGGCAUCUCCUCCGAAGACGUCGACUCGAACUACCUGAGAUCCUUAUUGGAAAAGUACAUCUCGGACCCUAGUGACUGGAUUCAGUACUUCAACAAUGACCGUAGCAAGAACUACACCAGAAAUGCGAUUGAAAAUAUCAACCACAAAGCGAAUAUCCUUCUUCUGGUGUGGAACCCCGGGAAAGGAUCACCAAUUCACGAUCAUGCAAACGCCCAUUGUAUCAUGAAAGUGCUUGCGGGAGAACUUCACGAGACCGUCUACAAGUCCCCUGAACACAAGCCUGGAGAAUGCAAGCCAUUGGAAAUCAAGUCUUCAACCACAUUCAGUAUGAAUGAGGUGACCUACAUUUCUGAUGACAUUGGUCUCCACCGAGUUCACAACCCUAGCAGCGAUCAGAUUGCUGUCUCGCUACACCUCUACACGCCUCCAAAUGCUGCUGAUUACGGUUAUCACAUCUUCGAUGAAGCCACAGGGUCGGCCUCUCAUGUCCCACAGGCGCGCUCGUAUCUGAAGCCGCAAGACAUCUAA